AUGACGUUCAACAUCGAUCAUCARGGCGUUAACUUCCAUUACUCCUACAACUUAGCAGUAGACGUUGCACAGUUUUCCACUAAGAGUCUAGAAGAUUACAGUAUCGUUAGUAGAAAACAAUUGGAUAGAAUCGUUAGUAAUUCCGAAAGACGCUUGACGGAAGACGAACAUCGUUGGUUAAUCAAACGGGACUGUAAAAGAGUGAUUUCAAAUAUAAAUAAGUAUGCGCGCAGAAAAAAAUCGAAACACGUCCGAGGAAUGUCGUCUAUUGUCGAUCGGCGUGUACAGCAGCAKGACGAAGACGAUGAGUUUCGCAGCGAAAACGCAGAGGCCUUCAAUGGCGUUAAGAAUAUUUGUCGCAACUCGACAUCGUCUGAUGCAAKAGACGGUGCAGAGGUCGUCAACAAUUUUACCGUCAUCAACGUACGACAGUUGAACAUCAACAUCGUAAACAAUCAUAUAAACUACUAUAAAAAUGAUUACGAUAAUUAUAGCGACGUUGAACCGGCGAAGAUAUACGAGUACAACUCGGACGACGAUAAAGAUGGUCGUACGACUACCACUACAGCUGGUCGCGACAUGGCGGCGGACGAGAAAAACGGACCGGAAACAAUCAUGGCACCGCCGCGUCUGUUGCAAAGGAUUUACUGGGACAGAUGGCGGGACUUCGCAGCAAAGUCGAAAGCGUCCCGCGGCCGCGGAGGGACAAACGAUAAAGUCGACAGGUUUUUGUCGAAAAUCCAAGAGAAAUUGGACAUCAUCGAURACAAYCGUCGACGGAAGAAUAAAAUUUCCGGCAACAACAAUAAUAGGCAGACUUGCGAGUGGAACCGAGCGGAUCCGACGAAGCGGRCCGUCAGCRAUAAUGUCGAUCGCAAGCAGGCGAAAAUCGACGAACAGAAAAAAUUGCUUGACAAACAACGGAAGGAAAUCGAACAGCUCAGGUUGCAACAACUGAAAUUGGAAUCUGAAAAGGCGUUGCUCGAGAAUCAGAGACUUUUGCAAGACUUGCACGCCGGUGGACCCGAAAGAAGGUUGAAGACGAAAAACGCUCCGACGUCGGUGCAACAGCUGCAGAGCGCCCCCGCGGCGAGUCCGUCCGACAUACUAAACCGAAUGGAAUUGCGGGCAUUGGAACGCCGAGCCAAGUGGGAGGCGAUCAAAGAGAGACGCCGGAAAGCGGAACAGGAAGAAUUGCGGAAAAAACGCGAGCUGGAGGAGAAGUGCGCGAGGGAACGGAUGGAGCAGAAACGCGAGCGGUUGCUCGAGGCCAGGGAAAACCUGAGACUGAGGACGAUCGAGGAGAACAGACGAAAGGCGGAAAGGGAAGUGCAGAGGGAGAACAUUCGGAUCGCGGACGAUUUGUACCGUAAGCUGUUGAUGAGGAGAGGACUAGACGCGUUCAGGGCGAAUUUAAACUGUGCCAGAUGGCGGGCAGAAGAGGCUUCGGAUCAUUACGACAGACAACUGGUCGGCACUUGCUUCAGCAAAUGGCGGUUUUACGUCAACAACAGUUUGAACGAGAAAAUUCUUUUGGCAGAACAGUUUUACAAGCGGAAAUUGCUGAAGACCACAUUUCUUGGGUUCUAUAAGAUUUUAGAAGAAUGGAAGAGGAAACAACAAGUUGCCGAGGAUUGGCGAAAUUUUAAGAUGGAAGAAUAUUGGUUUAAAAUAUGGCUUGAUUAUAUUAGAGAAAUUAGAGUUCAGAUACAAAAAAAAAUGUUAAAAGCUGAAUCUCAUCAUAACAAGAUAAUUAUGAAGUAUUGUUUUGAAAAUUGGAGGAAGUUUCCAGAAAUAAUGUACAAGGAAAGGCUCAAAGAUUGCAGACUACGGCUGUGGCAUGAAAAGGUUCAAGAAAUUUUACCAGACUUUAUUCCUCCAACAUUUGAAUUAUAAUUUAUACAGAUUCAUUACAUUAUAUAAAAUUAU